UUUCUUUCCUGCAGAAAGCGACGAGCAUUCUUCUUACAUUGGAGAAUCAAUCCUAUGCAUUUUGGUGUCACCUGCUAAUCAUCCUUACUUCGCCAACUCAUUACCUGCAAUUGAUUUUUUCAUCUUAUAGUUGGAGUUUCGGUUCCAUUUUUGGUGCAUAUUGUUCAACUACCAUUAAUUUAUGGAACGUGAACUUCACCAAAUAGCUCAGACGAAACCUUUUGAAUUCUGCACCUUCUUGCUCAUGUUGAGUCAGUUUAUAGUAUUUCAGCUGCAUUAAUCCUUGAUGACACCGUUCUGAUUUUGGUUGGAAAGCUCAGACUUGACUAGAGAAUGGUUUCAGUCGAUACUAGUGAUCCCAAAGAUGAAAUCGAGGAGACAUAUGAUACUGAAGCAAGGGAUUCUGCUGAAAUUGAAACUUCAGCUUCUCCAAAGACAAGCGGGGAAAAUCCUGCGAGAAAGUUCCAAAACACCUUGAGCUCUAAUCUUCCUAGCGGUAUUAAGUUCCAUAAAUUUGGUUCUGUAUUAGUCAAAUCCAUAACCGAGCGCAACCAGUUUUCACAAUCUGUGACUUCCUCUGGUACAUAUAGCUUCAGAAAACGCUUUAGUGGCAUGUUUACACAGAAACUUGACUGGGUUUCCCUCAAGAAUUUGUUUAAAGAAUGGAUUAGAAACCCAAUGAACAUGGCCCUUUUUGCGUGGAUCAUCUGUGUUGCUGUUUCAGGUGCAAUUCUCUUCCUUGUCAUGACUGGGAUGUUGAACAGUGUGCUUCCAAAGAAGUCUCAGAGAAACACAUGGUUUGAAAUUAACAACCAAAUACUCAAUGCACUGUUUACACUCAUGUGUUUAUACCAGCACCCUAAAAGAUUCCAUCAUCUUGUACUUUUGUCCAGAUGGAGACAAAAUGAUAUGUUCACACUUAGAAAGGUGUACUGCAAGAAUGGAACCUAUAAACCACAUGAACGGGCACAUAUGAUGGUAGUGGUUCUUCUCCUUCAUGUGAACUGUUUUGCUCAAUAUGCACUUUGUAGUCUAAACUUGGGGUACAAAAGAUCUGAGAGACCUGUCAUAGGAGUUGGAAUUUGUAUAUCUUUAGCAAUAGCGGCACCUGCUAUUGCGGGUCUUUAUGCCAUUCUUAGCCCCCUUGGUAGGGAUUAUGAUUUUGAGAUGGAUGAAGAAAAACAGCUUCAAACAACUUCAUGUCAAAAGCCAUUGGAGAAAAAAUAUUCAUUUGCAACAAGAGAUGGACAUGAUAGGGUGUUUGAGAAUGAACCACAGUGGAGAGGAGGAAUACUUGACAUCUGGGAGGAUAUCUCUACUGCAUAUCUCUCACUCUUCUGCACUUUUUGCGUGUUCGGGAGGAACAUGGAGAGACUUGGUUUUGGAAACAUGUAUGUCCACAUUGCUACUUUUAUCCUGUUCUGUACGGCUCCAUUCUGGAUUUUUAUCUUGGCUGCUGUUGACAUUGAUAAUGACAAUGUUAGAGAGGCUCUAGUAGCUACUGGAAUUAUUCUCUGUUUUCUUGGAUUGUUGUACGGUGGGUUUUGGAGGAUCCAAAUGAGAAAGAGGUUCAACUUGCCUGCCUAUACCUUCUGUUUCGGUGAACCGUCAGUUUCUGACUGCACAUUUUGGCUCUGCUGUUGCUGGUGCGCUCUUGCUCAGGAGGCAAGAACUGGGAAUUCCUACGAUGUUGUAGAGGACAAAUUCUGCAGAAGGCAAGUGGAUAUUGGUGACCAGCUUUCAAUUUCAUCAUUGCCUUGUGAAGAUGGAAUAUUGGUCCCAUCUGACACAAGUUCUUCUCUGGGUAAUAACUCUUGCCCUUCCAAGACCAUAACAUCUGGAUCUUUGCAUUCAGACACGCCACUGUCCACUGUACAUGACAACUCUUUCGAAAGAGGUCAAUAUGGGGCAACGAACCUACCGGUUCCAGCAUUUAUAAGAAGAGAUGGCCCUUAGGCACCAAAGGUAUAUAAUAUAUAUAUAUAUAUAUAUAUAAAAUAAACAGAAAGAGAUCUGUUUUGCUUGUAUCAAAGUGACUUUUAAUAGGAAGAUCCCUUGAGUUUCGAAUAUUGACAUUUAAAUGUCUCCUUUUUGCACGCUUUUCCUGGGUCAAUGAAAGUAACGAAAACGACACCUUUAACAUUGAUUAUUACAAGGUUGUGUUUGAGGGAAAAUGAAGAUUGUCAAGGUGCAGGGAUGUGUUGGUUUGCCAUGAUAUUAUGAAUAUCAACAAAGAGUAUUCCAUUAUGAUGUCUGCAUAAUUUAACGGAGCAAAUGAGCUGAGGAUCACGAGAGGUUGCUUCUGAUAUAUUUCUUAUCAAGAGGGAGAGACUGUCAUACAUUUCUAGGUUAUGUGGCUUGCUCUCACCAGUAAUUACAUCAAUGGUGAAAUUAUGAAUCCCAAAUGUAAUUACAUUACUUUCGUGACAUUCUUUCCUUAAGCCAUGUAAUAUUGAUGAUGAA